CGUGUCGCUUGUUGCAACUGGGCCCUUGUGGGCGCUACGCUUUUUAGAUCCCUGGAUGGCCGGGCAGCCGCUCGCGGCCAGCCCUGGGCGCGAGCAAUGGGCCAAUUGAGGCCGAUACGGGCUGCAGUCGCGCUUUGGCUGCUGGCCAGUGGCCUUGCCUGGUGCCACCUCUCACGAGGCGCUGCAGGUAGCGCGGUGGCCCUGUCGGCGAGGUCCGCCAAGAGUGGCCGGCAGGAGAGGCUUGGCUCGCCGGACAGUCGGAGGAGCUUGCGGCCUGCGCCGCUGCGCGGCCUGGUGCGCGAGCUUUCGCCGGGCCUCGCCCAGGUGCAGCUGUGCUGGGACGGAGGCCAAGCUUCCCCUUUCUUCGGCUCCUUGCGGCAGGGCCAAGCAAGGCUCCUCAAGGGUCAGGAGGUGAGCGUGCACAUCCUUCCUCUGGAUGAGCCGGGCUUGCAGCUCCGCUUGACGGACGAAGGCGCUUUGACCGGGACUUCACUCCGGAAAGGUCCGGGCCAGCCGGCAGAUCAGAAGUCUCCCGGAGCGGUUCCCAAAAAAGGGGAUCGCGCCGUGGAACGCGUGAACUGGAUCGAUGCGGAGCCCUUGCCGUACCUGCUGUGUGGUGCGGUGGCCCCUUGUGUGAGGGCCUCGGUGCUGGCGGCCUCCGCCGAAAAAGCGGAGGCCCGGCUCUUCUGGGACUCGCCCUUGGGGGAGCAGCUGUCACCGCUGGUGGCGACCAUUUCCGCCAAGGCAGUCCAGGAGGUGUUCAACCUCACAAACGUCAAGUGCAGUGACUACCUGCACGAGAAUCAGCCGGUGAGCUUGGCACUGAGUGGCGAGACAUGGACGCUGUCACCGCGACAGCCUGUGGUUCUUCCACCCGUGGAAGGCGAUUCCACCUCCUUGCCCCCGCCCCACUGGCAGCGGCGCCUGCGCUCUGCGAAGCUCCGGCCCUCUGCCACAGCUGCGGCCUGGCGUCGAGACCCCGACGAGGUGAUUAGUGCCGUCGAGGCUCAGUUCGGUCCGCUGAGCGCCUGGAAGCUGUCGCCGGAGCUGGGGGCGGCUGCCUCGCUGAUGAGCACUGGGCAAGACCUGGCCAUCUCGGGGGCGAUGCCCGUGGGCCAACGCCUGGGUCUCCUCACCUUCCUCAUCGCUUUGCACCUCCAACGCCUGCCCAAUGCGCCACCGACACCGCCAGCGGUGCUUUUCCUUGGCGCCGGGGCGGGGGUGAGGCUGUCACGAUUCUGCGGGCGUAAGACGGAGGAGCGGACGGAGGAGCACUGGAAGCAGGUUGAGGCGCAGACGCUUGCUGGAUCACCUUCGGAGGUCCUGGCCAAAGUGAAUGGAGAUGGCUACCUGCUCUCCCGCGUCUCGCUGGUCGUGGUGGAGAUGCCAAUCGCCGGGCGACAGCAGAAGGAGCUGAAGGCCUUGCUGGCGCGACUGCCGGCGGGUCGGUGGCCCUCCAUCCUGUGGCAGAGGGAGGACUCUGACUGCGGGUUGGAGGAGCUCUUGGUGGAUCGCCCUGCGCGACUGCACCUCGCCAAUGCGCUCUACGGCGCGAAGGAGCGGGUGCAGGUGGUCUCAGACCACCUCCCCAGCGUGGCCCUGGCUGCGCGGCGCUUGCCCAGGCAGAGCGUUGUGAUCUUUGCCAAGGCCAAGGACCAGCUCUGGUCUGAGCUCCGCAAAGCACUGCCCCCUGCAGUCCUGGAGAAGUCCAGGCUGCGGGUUCUGGAGCCCGAGGAUGCGCUGGAAGGCGUGGUGGACGUGAUCAUCCACACCACUCCCCCGCCCAAUCAGACAGAGUACUUCCAGCGUCUCGCUAGCUGCAGAGAUUUGGCGAUGGCUCACAUUGUCACGAAGAAGGUCAACGGGGAGAGCAGGUUGGAGGAUGACUGGUUGGACUUCGCACGCUAUGCUGUGGAUGUUGCUGCUGACACAGGCUCGAACUUCCGACGACUCCGGCAGCUCAUCAGGAAAACCGCGGCAGCCUUGGCCAAGCGCAAGAAGAAACCAGCAGACUGGACGGAAUCCUUCGAGGAGGAUUAUGUGGCUGGAGAGUCCAAGGAGCCCGUGUGGCGAGCGGGGGUGGCAGAGACGGAUGCAGAGCUGAUCUUCGAUGCUGGCCUGUAGUGGC